AGUCCGUCGUGAGCGCAAGGUGAAAAACCAGCAGAACCAGCAGCAGCCAGGAUAUUCGUGUUCGCUUUAAAUUGAGCAAGGUGUACAGAGACACCCCCCUUCAAAAAGGAUAGUUUUGGUGGGGUUUUUGUGAAAAUUUAGGAAAAUUUACGCCGAAAAACGGUGUGGCGUGGGCGUGUGCGGGGAAAUUUGCUAGGAAAAGGCUGGAUUUUCGUGCUGGAAACAAAGAUUGUGUGGGGCUUUUCCGAGGGGGGCGAGCUCGUUUUUUUUGGGGUUAAUGUGAGUCUGUGUGUGCGUACGUGUGUGUGUGUGCAUGUUCAGUAAAUAUAACAUGGCUGUAAAGAAGCAGUAAAAGCGAGGAAUACAUAACAAGAAGGAAAAUCCGAAGAAAUUUGGUCAAUUUAUACGAGUUUCACUUAAAAAUCGAAUCGAGGAAAAUCGACGAGGAUCAAGGAUAGAAAAAAAAACAAAGGAAAACAGCUCCCGAGUGAAUCCAAGUGAAGCAGAGUCGAAUUAUUUUGGGGAAAAUCCCGUGGAAAACAGAGGGCGUGCAAAGCUCCGUGUGAGUGUGGUUGUGCGCUCGGGGAGUUCUCAAGGAUAUACAGCAGGAGGAUAUCAGUAACAGUAGCAGCAGCAGCAGUGUGAAGGAAUUUCCACAACAACACCAGCAGCAGCAGCAGCAGCAGACCCACCACAGAGUGAGAUUGAUUCCCAGACCCAUCAUCGGCAGUCAAUCGGCACGGCACGGUCAAUGAGUGCCAAUCAAUGUGCGUAGCUUCCAGCCCGGUGAUCCACCACAGGGACUCAUCGUCGUCGUCGUCAUCGGACUUUGUCGAACAACUCAGGUGCGGAUCGCCAGCCAAUUUUCUUUCUUCCGGUGCCAACAAGUCAUGACCGGAUGCGAGGGGUUACGAUGCACGGGCUGAGUCCACUGCAAUCCGGCUCAACCCUGGAGGCACUCACGCAGGCAACCAUCAUUCUCAUCUUAGCGGUCGCCAUCAUUCUAGCCAACCUCAUUGUAGUUGCUACAUAUCUUAACUUUAAGGGUCCCCACGAGGUCAUAAACUACUACCUGUUGUCGUUGGCCGUCGCCGAUCUGCUAUGCGGUCUGUUCAUCGUGCCUCUCUCGGUCUAUCCGGCAUUCUAUGGCCACUGGGUGUACGGGGACGUGGUGUGCCGGUUGGUCGGCUACCUCGAGGUCACCCUCUGGUCGAUCUCGGUGUACACGUUCAUGUGGAUCUCCGUGGAUCGCUAUCUCGCAGUUAGGAAACCGCUGCGCUAUGAAACGAUCCAAACUAAAACCAGGAAUGGAAGAUGCCAAUGCUGGAUGGCGUUCACGUGGAUCUCGGCCGCGAUGCUAUGCUGUCCACCGCUGCUCGGCUACAAUAAGGCCAUCUACGACAAUGACACCCACAUCUGCAUGCUCGAGUGGGGCAACAUGGCCGCCUAUAGUGCAACGCUGGCAAUCCUGGUCCUGGGGCCGAGUGUAAUCUCGAUCGUGUACAACUAUGGCUAUAUCUUUACGAUGAUGCGUAAAGUGCGAUCGGGAGCACCGAUCCAUGAUAAGGAGUACGCCACGGCACUGGCCGAGAAUCUGGCCAAUCCGAGCCACUGUAUGUCAUUUGCAUUGGUGUUCUCAUUCUGGGUCUCGUGGGGUCCGUACAUGGGCUUGCGGAUCUACGAGCUGAUCAUGGACGAGCCGUACGAGAACCACCUCAUCCAGUUCGGCGCCGUCUGGCUCGGCAUUCUCAACUCGUUCUGGAAGAUCAUCAUCAUGACGAGCAUGUCGCAGCAGUUCCGGCUCCUGGUGCGGUUACUCUUCCUCACGAUCUGCUGCAAAACCAAGGGCCGCCUCCAGGCCGAACUGAUCGGGCUCGAUCCGGACGACUAAGCCACACAUUCUAAAGAGCGAGAGCAAAACAAUCACCAGCCACUCCUGUUGAGCGUGAAAGAGUUGAACGCAGCGCGUGAGAAACGACGCUCACCUAACCUCACCACCACCAUCUUCCGGGACAGCAUGCGAAACCAAGCGUGGACAGCAAACUUCAAUUAAAUUGUUGUACUUUUAAAACAUCCGUCAAACACCUAGCUAACGAUUACACUAAACUUAAGGGCUCUUAGUCGGAUAGGAGUGUGCGAGCGCUUCUAAGAAAUCUCAUCGGAAGGGCGGUUUUUAAGACAAAACAAGAAAGCGCUGUAGUAAAUCUCAGAACAAUCAUUCUCUUAGCAAACAAGGUAACGUAACGUAACGGUGUUUAAACAUUGUACUUAUUGAUAGUGUUUCUUUUGGGUGCGGGAAGAAAACAUUCUGAAUGUUGCUAGAAACUGCGAGCGAGUGUCAGUGUUGCCAUAAUUUUACGGGAAUGAUCUUCCGAUUACGACUGUAGAUUUAGUUCCCUACAAGUUGUAAUUCUACAGCUCAGUUUGGUUACACGGAGUAAAAUUAGACCACGAAGCCAUGAAGAAGCUUUAAAGAAAUCUCGAAUCACUAACUAAGUGUUCAAAUAUGCACUUGCAUAAACGUACCGUAAACUGGGGUGACUUUGAUAACCCGGGAUGACUUUGAUAGGUUUUUCAAAUGGCCGUCAAAUUAAUAUCCAAACAUUUUUGAGAAUUUUGAGUAUGUAAAUAUUAAGGGAUAGCUUAUUA